CUCCCAGCAGUCGACACGUCACACGCGUCCUCCACUCAAAGUGGAAAGACACUGGGAUCAGGACCUGCGCUGCGCCGCUGCCGCCGUCGUUGGGGUCGAGAGAUCCGCAGCCUCCGCCGGUCGCCGAAGACGGCGCCCUCCUCAAGUCCUUCGCUCGUCCCGUGUGCUCCCAAGCCGACGCUGUUCUAAAAUGGCGUCUCCGACGACCUGGGCCACGCGACUCCGCUACGCCCACAGCAAGAUGCGCUACUCCGCCGUCGUCUCCUUCAUGAAGUAUUAUUACGGUCAGAUCAGGUAUCAUGAGAUCGCGCCCUGCUUCUAUGACUUCUUCUCACAAGGGAAGCUCACUGCCGCGACCUGGUGCCACAACGCGACACGCGAGAUGGCCCCGACUAUACACAGCGACGGUGCGGCUAUCCUUGUCAGGAAACUGCUGCAUUACCCCAACAAUCCGACGAGAGUCUUUGUUGGUGAUGUUGUUUUGGUAAGACAUCCAAAGACACCAUCCCGCUAUCUGGUUCGAAGGUUGGGUGCGAUAGGAGGAUGCGAGAUGGUUUCUACGGAUGAGAAAGAUGAGCCUUUUGUAUUAGCGCAUGACCAAUGUUGGCUCCUGCUGGAUAAUCAAUCAGUGUCGCCCAAGGUAGCUUGGGACAGCCGUGUGUUUGGACCUGUUCCUAUUCGUAGUAUCUGGGGCAGAGUGAUAUAUUCUUUGAGGACAUCUGUUGAUCAUGGUCCGGUACAGAACAGCAAGGGCAACAAUAUCUGGAGCUGGAGGAGAAAGCAGCUGUAGUCUGAAGUCAUGGCACGGAAGGGCCAUUAAUCUAUGCAACUGCAAGCGUGUAAAUGCCUGGAUGUUUGCCAAUACCUGGCUGUCGCCGACUUGUUGUCACUGUGAGAGUGUAUUGUAGGUUAUCAUUGGUUUGGGAUUCUGUUCUCCUUGGUGUAACUGAACUACUAAAAGAUGGCUUAUGUUGUCUUGAGUCUAAGUGUCAAAUAACUGCU